UCCCCUAACUGAGGUGCAUGUCGUCUGCAUGAUGGCUGCCCAGUCCCUACAUUAGAUACGCAUGGGACACGUUUUGUGGGCUUUGGUUGGAAAGGGUCGAGAUAAAACACACACGGCGUACCCUGCUGACAACUGGUUUGCGGCUGCUGGUACUUCGUGUGGGGAGCGUGUGUUUCACGUGUUGCUUCUCAACACGCAGCAAAACGUCGUCCGGACCGAAUUUGCCUCUGGAAACGGGAGUUUGAACUUUUUCCACAUUUGACUGCAUGUGCCUGAGAGUCUGACGCUGCAUCUCUUCAAUGGCUGCCUCAGGCUCUUCCUCCACCUCUGUGCCUGAGGGUUUCCGCUACGAGACCAAGUACAUUGUCCUCAACUACCUGGGACUCCUGCCCCCCUCCCGGUUGCAGGCCACCGCUGGCAGAGGAGAUGGCCAUUAUGCUGUGGACAGAGAGAGGAACAGAGUAAUGAAGGCACAGAUAGAGGAAGAGCUUAAGCAACUGGAAGAUGAGGUCUCAGACUCCUUUUCCAGUACAGGCUUCGACUGCCAUACGUCUCCAGUGUUUAGCCCAGCCAACCCAGAGAGCUCCAUCGAGGACUGCCUGGCUGUUCUGGGUGACCGGGUGGCCAGAGACCUGGACACACACCUGGCCUCUACUGUACACACACUCCUCAGUGCCCCGCUGGACUAUGAGCAUUUCAGAGAAGCAGCACAAGACAUCUCCUGCCACACGCAGAGUGGCUGGAGCAAGGUGCUGGUGCCAUUGGUGCUGCUGCAGGCCCUCCAGGGAGAAGGACAAAUCCUGGCCCACCUGCUACCUCUGGGGGUCCGUUUCCUGGAGGAGGCUGAGGCAGACUACAUCAUCCAGCAGGGAGGAUGGGGUACAGUGUUUAGCCUGGAGGAAGAGGAGGAGCAGGGCGUGAUCAUAGCCGAGGACAGCAACGACAUCUACAUCCUGUCUGGAGAACAGCUUCCUGGCCAGCUCAGUCCCCCCGCGUCGCUGCUGGGCACCGGAGACAGCAGUGGGCCGGGCAGCUGGCAGACAGAGAGCUUACCCGUGUCUCUGGCAGGCAACGAUUCCUGGGCACAGGUGAGCAUGAUGGACCACCCCGAAGAUGUCAAGAGUCUGGACAGCAACGAGGGCACCCUGGCUGAGGAGCGCAGUGAGAACAACUCCUCCAACUCUGACAUUGUGCACGUGGAGCGAGAGGACGCAGAGGAGGGUGAGGGCGGGGCCGAGUUGCAGGAGAGCAUGCUGAGUGUGCUGGGGACGGAGAGCGAGCUGGCUGAGCUGAGGGCAGAGUUUAGGGAUGACACCCUGCUUCCUGUCCCAGCAGCCCCAGAGCCGGUGGUGGUAUAUCUGGAGGAGCCGGUCAUCAUAGAGACGCCUGCUCCCCUGUCGGCGGUUCUGUCAGAGCUGCAUUCGUCUGUCCCCGUGUCAGAGCCUGAGCCCUCUGCUCCAGACCCUAUGAUUGAGCCUGAGCCUGCCCCUGUUGUGGAGGCAGCACCACCAUCCCCCGCCAAGGCACCCUCUACUCCCCCAUCAGCAAAGCCUGUUCCAGAGCCAGUCGCAGCACCGCCAGAGCCAGAGGAGUCCCAGCCUGAAUCUCAGUCAGAGACUGUGCUGGAGCCGGCUGCAGCGCCCCUCCUGGAGGCACUCCCAGCUCCUGUGGCCCUAGCUGAGGAGCCCCCGGUGCAGACGGAACCAGAACCCAAGUCAGAGAUCCCAGUGCUGCUGUAUGGUGGAGCUGCUCUGGUGGCCCUAGCUGCUGUGGUGACCUGGGGAAUCAUGACCCACCGGAAGAAGUAGCCUAGUAGUGCUCCUGAACCGGGUUGCAGACCUCACUUACUCCCUGGUCCCUGCUGCUAGCAGUACUCCUGAACUGGGUUGCAGACCUCACCUCCUCCCUUGUCCCUGCUGCUAAUCUGGGCUGCUGGGCCUGCCACUACCAGGUGGACACACCAUGUGAACAAUUACUUAUUUUCCUUCUCUCCAUUUUUGUUUUCCCCCAUUCUCCUCUCUGCUCAUCUGGCAAUUUGAUAUGUUUUUCUUCAGUUGCUGCCUCCAACCCAUCACGUCUCAAUUUUCUAGUGGUUUCUAUGUUUUCUGGGUGCUUGGUUGUUCGAUGCCAUGCGGAUGCACGUCAGACACACCCUGUUUGUAUGUUACUCUCUCGGCUGGAGCUCGGUGUACUGUACCUCUUUGUCCUCAGAGCCUAGUGGGUGUAGCGCAGAAGUCAGAAUUCCCUGUUCUAUUGCAAGGGAAGCUAUUCCAAUAUUUUCACAUACAAAAAUUUAAGUUCUGAUUACAUUAUGUCCUCUGAAAAGCAAACCUGUCUUCAAGGAUUAGAUGAGCAUGUUUGUUUUUUUAUGGCAAUCAUGAUUAGACUUUUUGUUUUUAGAAUUCACUGUACUGGAGACACUACUGUGUCUAUAAAAGCACUUGAUAGGCACUUGAUAGGGAUUAAUAAUAUCGCACUUGAUAGGGAUUAAUAAUAUCGCACUUGAUAGGGAUUAAUAAUAUCGCACUUAAAUGGAAAGUAGAUACACAUGACCAAAAGUAUGUGGACAAGUAUGCUUGUCGAACAUCUCAUUCCAAAAGCAAGGGCAUUAAUAUGGAGUUGGUCCCCUCUUUGCUGCUAUAACAGCCUCUACUCUUCUGGGAAGGCUUUCCACUAGAUGUUGGAACAUUGCUGCAAGGAUAUGCUUCCAUUCAGUCACAAGAGCAUUUGUGAGGUCAGACACUGCUGUUAGGCGAUUAGGCCUGGCUCACAGUCAGCGUUCCAAUACAUCCCAAAGGUGUUCGAUGGGAUUGAGUUCAGGGCUCUGUGCAAGCCAGUCAAGUUUUUCCACACUGAUCUCGUCAAACCAUUUCUGUUUGGACCUUGCUUUGUGCACGGGGGCAUUGUCAUGCUGAGACAGGAAAGGGCCUUCCUGAAACUGUUGCCACAAAGUUGGAAACACAGAAUCGUCUAGAAUGUCAUUGUAUGCUGUAGCAUUAAGAUUUCCCUUCACUGGAACUAAGGGGCCUAGUCCAAACCAUGAAAUAAAGCCCCAGAUCAUUAUUCCUCUUCCACCUAACUUUACAGUUGGCAUUAUGCAUUGGGGCAGGUAGUGUUCUCAUGCCAUCAACCAAACCCAGAUUUGUCUGUCGGGACUGCCAGAUGAUGAUUCAUCGCUCGUGUCCAAUGGCGGCGAGCUUUACACCACUCCAGCCGACACUUAGCAUUGCAACGGAUGUGCCCAAAUCCACUAAUUUGAAGGGGUGUCCACAUGGUGUAUGUUUAUCUACUUCUUUCCAGUCACUUACAUCACCUAAGUGUUAUUUUGUUAAGUUUUUGGAAAUUGAGGGAUUCCACAACUCAAUUCAUUUUUCACUAACUCAUUUCAGUCAUUUAGUUACGAUUUGUGGUCAUAUUGCAGUAGUAUGACUGCAAUUAAAUUGAUUUUGAAUGUAAAAAAAAAAGAGGAUAAAGACUACCGCAGUUCACAGCCAGUGGCAUAAACUGUUGCGUUUGAUUACCAACUAUCUCCUUGAAAAUAGGCAUUUAGAUUAUCUGGUAUAGAACUGUCAAUGGUCACUAUCAACCUUGUUAACUAUUGUGUUUGCGUGAGUGAAAUUAAAGCCAGCUCAACCAUGAUGGCACCAUGGUCAAUGUUCCAUGUACCAUGUUCUGUGACAGGGAAUGGAGGGUUCGGAAUGACUGAACCAAGACAGAAUUUCAUAUUCAUUUGUUCAACACGGAUACAAGAUUUAAAUAUAAAACUUGAAAUCAACUAGUCAUCUUUCAUCUGAUGUUGUGAGACUAUAAAAUCAAAAGUAGAAAUUUAGUUUAAUCUUGAAUCAAUUUAUGCUCUCAUUCACAACUCCCCCAGUCUAACUUCACAGGGACUGCCUUUCUUCAGCUACCCUGUCAGACCCCUAUGUUUUGCCAGGUACCGUUUGUCCCCUCGGCUGGCCCAACUGCCCACCCAGCACUGCCUUGCCGUUCCGCUGUAACCCCAUAGCGUGCCUACCUUGUACAGUACAGAGACUUACAAAGCUUAACAGAUGUGUGUGCUGGCUUCUUCCCACUGCUACCUAACCUUUUCUUGAAGGGUUCAGCUCCCUCCAUUUUCUCAAGUCAGGGUGGUCUGUCCACAACUUGAAGAGUAGGAAUGACACAUGCCAGCCCUGCCACAGACAAUCAACAUAUGCAACAUUCCCACUAAGGGAAACAUAUCUUCCUGUUAGUUGGGUACAAUGUGAAUCUAAAAAUAAAAUCUACACUGUAGGCCUCAGGUGUCAGAGUACAAAACACACUUUUUACUGGGCACUCAGGUCUGAUCCAAGUUAAAGUAGUAGUGGUUCCAGCUUUGUGUUCACUGGUCAGUGGAUUCCCACAGCUAACUUGGUCAAUGUCAACUAAAGAUGCACACAACUCAAUUCUGUUUAGCCAAGUGUACAUACAACCAUGUGUGGUUUGGGGUAGUUGUGUGGGAGAGACAAAUUACCAUAAAUGGUUUUGUUCCUCGUUCCAUCGAAUGCAAAUGUACAUCAGUUAGAUAAUAGGUAUGCAAAUUGUCUGGAAAGUACAGUAUGGAUGUCAAAUCCCCAUCUUGGCACUUCACCAACUUCCCUAUAUGUGCAGUUUGAGACCAGAAUACAUCAUGUAAACUGCAUUGUGGUUUUGGACACAUGAACAAGUUAAUAAAAUGUUCCUCCCUUAAAUCA